UCCACCACCCAUGUGAGUGGGACUCCGCUGAAACACCAACUAAGAGACGCUGCUCAAGAAGAUCCUGCCUGCUCAGAAGUCUUUAUUCUUUUUGUUUUUUUCAAUUGAGGAUCUGGGUGUCCACUCUCAUUUAUUUUCUUAUUUUAUUUCAACAGAAACCAGUGAAUUGAAAAUGAGACUAAAUAUCGCCAUCUUCUUUGGGGCUCUCUUUGGUGCUCUGGGGGUUUUACUCUUUCUGGUGGCUUUUGGAUCAGAUUACUGGCUUCUCGCGACUGAAGUGGGAAAGUGUUCAGGUGAACAAAAUAUAGAAAACGUCACUUUCCACCAUGAAGGAUUCUUCUGGAGAUGUUGGUUUAAUGGGAUUGUGGGAGAGAAUGAUUCCAAUAUCUGGCAGUUCUGGUACACCAAUCAGCCCCCAUGGAAGAACUGCACCCACGCUUACCUGUCGCCAUACCCCUUCCUGAGAGGCGAGCACAACUCCACCUCCUAUGACUCUGCAGUGAUUUACCGUGGCUUCUGGGUGGUCCUGAUGCUGCUGGGGGUGGUCGCCGUGGUGACUGCAAGCUUUCUGAUCAUCUGCGCAGCUCCCUUCGCCAGCCACCUUCUCUACAAAGCCGGGGGAGGCGCCUACCUCGCCGCAGGUGUCCUGUUUUCCCUGGUGGUGAUGCUGUAUGUCAUCUGGGUCCAGGCGGUGGCUGACAUGGAAAGCUACAGACGCAUGAGAAUGAGAGACUGCUUGGACUUCAGCCCCUCUGUGCUGUAUGGCUGGUCCUUUUUCCUGGCCCCGGCGGGGAUUUUUUUCUCCCUGCUGGCUGGAUUACUGUUUCUGCUUGUUGGACGGCACAUUCAGAUACAUCACUAGUCAGACUGCUGCCUCCAGUGUCUCCUUGAAUGAUUUUAAAACAGAGCCUUUUUUUUUUUCAUUUUGUCUCCAUGAUGCUGGCAUAGAGUGAGUUGAUGUAACUUGUUACUUGCUAUUUGAAUUAGCCAUUGUGAUUUUCUCUCAUGAGAGGGUCCUAGAAUCUCUCCAUGUACUUCAGUCCUGUCUAAGUGCCCUCAGGAACCUAGUUUGCAGGUAACAUCGGCCUCAUCCCUUUCACCAUACUUGUUGGAGUUUGCAGGUGACAAAGGCCUGAAAGUGCAACAUACCAUCACCAGGGGCAAAUCAUGAUUUAAGCCUCCUUCACAUUCACUUCUGCUGCUCUUAAGAAAAAUUCUUGGGAGAGUAAUUAUGAACAACAAACAAAUGUUGUCAGAGAAUUAACUCUACUUCUCUCUGUAUGUAAAUAUCCACAUAUACAGGUACCAGCUCCUGUGAGCAGAUUACUCACCACUUAAAAAUAGAUCAAAGUUGCUCCCUUAGCAGGAACCACACAAACUCAUCAGUUAGAAUGGGCCCCCACAAAACCAACCUGUAUUUAAUUCUGCUUUCUUAAGCAAAAUAAAGUUUGGUUAUGUUAAGUUAUUCACUUAAUUGUGCAUGCUUAUAUAAAUCUUAAGCUAUAUUUAAAAGAAGCAAAUCUCUAUACCAAAUCACAGAUAAUGCAGAUUGGAUUUUUGUGAACUGAAAGUGGCUUAAUUGUAUAUGGAAUAUGGUUGAAAGUAUGUAAAAACCAAGCGCCUGUGCUUUGUACAUAAUUCUAUUUGAUAUUUUAAAAUUUCCAGCUAAAAAUUAUAUUGCUAAUCUGUCCAGCAUGUGAAGAUUUACUGAUGACAUGUGUUUUUAAUAUGCACUCACUAUAAACGUCCAAAUGCUUCCAGAUGAGGGUGAUAAUAGUCUUGCUUUAUUAAAGACUAUGAAAUAUUAACUUUCCCCAAGAUCUUAUGGGUUGUAGCUCUUCUCAUCAUUUGAUGCCCUUCUCUGUUGACCCUCCCUGUCUUCAGCUUUACAACAAGUGCAUUAGCAUUUACAGAUCUGCUAUUUGCUUUAACCUCUUGGAGGAAAACUUGGUGGGGCGGGGCGGGGUGGGGGGGGGCAUGUAGGAAUGAUUAUAUUCACUAGAGUAGACAUUUUGCAUAUCAAAGAUGUUUGUUUGGCACUAGUUUUGAUGGAAAUCACAUCCAUCUGAGAAGCCUAGGUCCAAUCUGCAUUCUGGAAGCCCCCUGACAGAGGACUCGCCUAGUGAAGGCCGCCCUGCGCGGUGUGUGGACUGACGUGUUCCAGACACGGCGUUUCUCUCCGCAGCGGCCGCGGACACCAAGGGCUUGAGCCGGAGGUGGACGAAAGGGUGGCCCCUCAGAAGCCAAGCCUGGUGGGAGCAGAGGCGCUGGUCCCCAGGUGCCUCAUCCCCAGUCCCAAGAUUGUCUCUUCUGUGCACACCUUGGGCUUUUCCUUUAAACCUGGUUUACUGGGAGGGUGCUCUGGGGAAAAAAAUGAAGGUCUGAGGUGUGUGCAGAUCACAGGGCAUUUUAGGGGUUACCUACCGACCGGACUUUCCUGUUAAAAAAGAAAAAGAAAGAAAAGACUUCAGGGCCUUAACUGGUUUCUCAGGCGGUUUCAAUUUUGUCAUAAACGUUUUCCUCGUACUUUCCUUUGUGUUCUUCUGUUUCAUUUUUUAUAUUGCUUCAUUUCUUUCUUUGCUUUUGGCCUGAUUAUUACAAAAAUAAUUAUGGGUUCUGUUAUGCGUGUUGACUGUGAUAUUAAGUUGUGGCAUGCUAUUAAAUUUUCCAGAUGAUGCUAGAUGUAUUUGAUUAACUUAUGGCAUCUGUAAAAACAAUUCCUUUUGGUAGAACUUUGGAAUGGAGCCUUUUUCUAGUGUAUUAUACGUCAUUCGAAUUUCAUGCGCAAGCUGUUUUGUUGGUUUUUUUUUUAGUAAAGGUUUGAAUAUU